AUGAGUUGUCCAUUAGGUAUGAUCUUAUAAUGAGACCUUUAACCAUUAAUUUUAAACAAUGUUCUAUUGAAAUGUUCAGGAACUGGAUUAAAAGACAUAAACGAGGACUAUAUUGAAAAGUUAUUCUGUCUGAUAGGCUUCUAUGAAGGCCAAUGCGACCCCACCAUACCAGAACUAUGUCUGGACUCUGAAGCUACUUUGGAGGAAAACUUUGCUGAUACUGUGGGUAUGUGAAUUAAAAUUGCAGUUAACUGUAUAAACUACUAAAACUUAUAAAAAUGUAAAAAGCUUGCGAAAAGCUUGCUUUACGUUGAAAAUAUUUCAGGAGCACGACUGGCAUACAAUACCUACAAAAAGUGGGUGUCGAUCAAAGGAUCUGGACCCAGACCAAAAGGGACAAUACUAGACACCUUCUCCGACGACCAGUUGUUCUUCAUCAAUGCCGCUCAAAACUUUCUGGAAACGAUUGAUUGGACCGCUUAUGACCCACAAUAUACCACUCAUCCUCCACGCGAGGUCAGAACAUGGGGAUCAUUGGCGGGAAACCCAGCUUUCGCCAACGCUUUCAACUGCAAACCGACAUCUAAAUACAACCCGAGUAAUAGAUGCUUCUUCUUUGAAAAACCUGAAUAA